GAAGGCUACACCACUUUAAAUUUGCAACCUUCAACUUCAGUUAUUACACAUAGAUAUUCAAGUAACAACAAAUGUUCUGCAUUUAAUACUCCAGCCAGUUUUGUUACAGUACACAGUAGUGGAAGACUGAAAAUAGAUCCUCAACCUCCUCUUGCCCUGGUUAAACAAACCCAGGUCCUUCAGCCUCUCUCUCCAGGCCCCAGCCACCUUAGUGACCCUCUGCUGGACUCUCUCAAGUUAGCUGACAUCUCUCUUCAACUGGGAUGCCCAGCAUUGGACCUGGAGUCUCUGCCUCAGCUUCCAUAUGGCGACCAGUGGCCUUCAUUUUCCUUGCUUUGUGUCUGGUGCUGCUAAUGGGACUAGUAACCCUGCUGGCCUUGUUUUUUCAGGUUUCCAAGGAUUCUGAGGAAGGAAAGAAGCUACAAGAAAUGAGGAAAAUGUUGUGUUUUGAAGGGAAGGAAAGCAAUAAGACUAAUGAAACAAAAUGUGCUCUCUGUCCAGCAAACUGGCAAAACAGUGGAGCUGACAACUGUUUCUACAUUUCAAAACAGAAGAAAACAUGGGAGCAAAGCCAGGAGUUCUGUUCCUUGAGAAAUUCCACUCUGCUUGUGCUAAAAGACAGAACAAAGAUGCUACAGGUCUCUCUGCCACGGGAUCCGCAGUUUUACUGGAUUGGAUUAUCAUAUAUCUCUGAAAGGAAUGGCUGGUACUGGGAGGAUGGGACAGCUCUUGUGAGAGAAGUCACAACUUGGGUUGUGUUAUAUGAACACAUCUUCUGUGCUUCCUUAUAUGGACAGAUAAUUUACACCAGUAACUCCUGUUCAAUGAAGCAAUUCUGGAUCUGUGAGAAAGCGACUGUUCAUUUCACCUGAAGAAGUAUUUCAAGAAAGGACACAGACUCUGUCAGUGUUCACAAUAAGAAACACAAGCCUAAGAAGCAGCUUGGAAGAAUUAGCUACAGUGAAGCAACAAUUCUCGAGUGACUCUCUGGGGAGACAACUAUAGUCUCACAGAUCUCUAGGAAGAUAAUUCUUGAGCUUCAGUGAGAAUUUCUCCUUUUCUCAGUGUUUUACAUUAACACCCGCCACAGUCAGAAACCAGUCCCACUUCAUCCUUUACGAUUUUACUCACCAGAUUACUCACUGCACAUACUAAAUACAGUCCACCUCUUUUAGGCCAGUUUGCCUAGUCAUGUCCUCUUUCCUAAAUAAUUCUUCCGGCUAUCCCCCUGUUCUAGGUAUGGGCAUACAGAAAGAACACAAGAACUUAUAGAAACAAAAGAACAUUUGUCAGAAGAGUACAGAGAAACCCUGGAAGGUAUCUGUGUGAAAAGUAGAGUUGAAUGUCAUGGCUGGAUUAAAAUAUUACCUGAUUAACUCCAGUACUAUCAUAACUUCCAUUGCUACACAAAGCAAAGUGAGGAUAGCAAUAAUGUGCUAAAUUCAGAGCUCCACUCAGCAAUUGCUCAAGCUAACACAGAAUCUAUUACCAUAUCUUACUUAUGUUCCUGGGUUGUAUUGACGUUGUCUGGGAUCUCUGGAGUCCAAGGUACAUAUGGUGCUGCAUGUGCAAAUAAUGUAGAUGUCAUUAAAAAACAAAAAGAAAAGAAAGAAACUUCCUAGAACAAAAUCAUACCUCCAGAUUUUUGGGUGGAGUUUCAUUGCAUGGAUUCUUUGCAAUUUUGUAUGUGGCAAUAGACACCCAUUUUGUGAUGUGCAUGCAUACUGUCCUUGUAGAUAUGUUCCUUGUAUUUAUGUGUAUAAGCCUUGAUGCUUGAAAACAUGUCUUUCCUUAAAAUAAAUUAAAAAUAAUACUCUGUA